CUCCCCCUGUUAACAGAGAUGCAAUGCUUUGUUUCUACCCCGGCAGGUUUCCCCAUGUCCGUGACGUGUUGGCCGAGGCUCUGCGGCUCCUCUCCACCCUUGGAGCGGCCGGUCGCUGCCCUCUGGACUCCGUGAUCCCCGACGGGCGUCAUGAGCAUUGCAAUCCCUCUGGGAGUCACCACACCAGAUACAUCCUACUCCGACAUGGCUGCAGGAUCGGACCCAGAGUCUGUGGAAGCUAGUCCAGCUGUCAGUGAGAAGAAUGUGUACUCCAGCCACGGCUAUGGGGCCACCCAGAAACACAGCUAUCGCGGGCUGCCUUACGCAGAUCAUAAUUAUGGAGCCCCUCCUCCUCCAACGCCGCCAGCCUCUCCUCCUGUCCAGACCAUUAUACCUCGUGCAGAACUGAACGGCCUGCACUCACCUGAUGAGGAGAACUCCGGGGAUAGUGAAAGCUCCUCAGAAGGAGAAUCAAUUCCCACUUGGUGCCACUGCAGUGUCUCUCAAGAUGGUUUCCUCCUCAAGUGUGAAAAGUGCAGAGGAAUGAGCAGGGGGAAGGUGAUCAGACUCCGCCGCCGGAAGCAGGACAACGUGUCAGGCGGGGACAGCAGCGCAACUGAGAGCUGGGAUGAAGAACUAUCUCCCUCUACGGUGCUGUACACAGCUACACAGCACACCCCUACGAGCAUCACGCUGACUGUCAACCGUGUCCGUAGAAGCAAACCUAAGAAGAGGAAGAGGAGCACAGAAAAAGCUCGCACUGCUCCAAAGGCCAAAAAGAUCAAGGCCUUUCGAGAGGGCUCACGAAAGUCUCUGAGGAUGAAGAAUUCCCCUUCUGAAGCACAUGCCUUGGAUGAAAACACAGCUGAAGGGUGGGAGAACCGAAUACGCCUGUGGACAGAUCAGUACGAGGAAGCCUUCACUAACCAGUACAGUGCUGAUGUGCAGAACCUGCUGGAGCGGCAUCUAAACUCUAAUAAAGACUAUGUGGGCAAAACUGCUCUGCUAGACACAAUCAACAAAACAGAGUUGGCCUGCAAUAAUACUGUUAUUGGGUCCCAGAUGCAGCUGCAGCUGGGAAGGGUGACUCGGGUUCAGAAGCACCGGAAGAUCCUGAGGGCAGCAAGAGACUUGGCACUAGACACUCUUAUAAUUGAGUAUCGAGGGAAGGUUAUGUUACGGCAGCAAUUCGAGGUCAAUGGGCAUUUCUUCAAAAAGCCAUAUCCCUUUGUGCUGUUCUACUCCAAGUUCAAUGGUGUUGAAAUGUGUGUUGAUGCCCGCACCUUUGGUAACGACGCCAGGUUCAUCAGGCGGUCCUGCACUCCGAAUGCAGAGGUUCGUCAUGUGAUUGCUGAUGGGAUGAUCCACCUGUGUAUCUAUGCUGUUGCCACCAUUGCCAAGGACACAGAGGUUACCAUCGCCUUUGACUAUGAGUACAACAUCUGCAACUAUAAAGUGGACUGUGCGUGUCACAAGGGGAACCGGAAUUGCCCUGUGCAGAAACGUAGCCCAAAUGCUGCAGAACACCUACCUCCACCUGUUUUAGGCACACUGAUUGGGGCAGAAACACGCCGGCGGAAAGCCCGUCGAAAGGAGCUGGAAAUGGAACAGCAGGGCAUGGCUUCAGAUGAGAACAGCAGUCAGCAAACAGAGGAAGUUCCUGAGGGACCCGCAGCAGUCAGUGACAAUGAGGUAGCAGAGAAGGAGGAGAAGCAAGAAGGGGAGAAAGAGGAGCCUGGAGAUGAACAGGGAGCUUUGGCCCACAGCCGACGGUCCCGGGAAGACAGGAAGGUAGAAGCCAUCAUGCACAUGUUUGAAAACUUGGAAAAGAGAAAGAGGAGACGAGAGCAACCCUCAGACCGUAACAGCACUGAUGCUGAAGUCACCAUCAGUUCUGAAGCUCCUGAGCUGGAGGAAGUAAAAACAGAGACUCCUGAAACUGAGGAUGGAAGUUCAGCACAGAGUGCUGGUGCUGCUGCUGCUGCUCCUGCUCCUGCUGCUCCUGCUCCUGCUCCUCCAAAUGUUUCUAACAGUAACAGCAGUACCGGGGUGAACACACGACGGUCUUCACAAGUAAUGGAUGCUGUCCCUGAAAAAGCAGUUGCUAAGCCAGCUCCACCAAAACCCUCCAGGCCUCGACCAAAAAGCCGCUUCUCUCGAUACCGGACCAGUUCAGCACAAAGACUGAGGAGGCAGAAACAAGCCAGUUCCCAGCAAGCUGAACUCGCACAGGCUGCUCCAGAGGAAGGAAGCACUGCCAGCUUGGUAACCACAGCAGAUGUCAACAAUGUAGAAGGUCCAGGAGAAGGCAGACAGUUAACAGGAUCUGACCCAGCUGCUACCCUGGCUGCAGGAUCUCAGUCUAAUCGAGCUGCAGUAAAGUACCCCAAAACUAAAAAGUAUCUCGUUACGGAAUGGCUGAAUGACAAGGCAGAGAAGCAGGAGUGCCCUAUUGAAUGUCCUCUGCGCAUUACUACAGACCCAACAGUUUUGGCAACUACCCUGAAUAUGUUGCCAGGUCUCGUCCACUCCCCGCUGAUUUGUACCACACCUAAACACUACAUUCGUUUUGGUUCACCUUUCAACCCCGAGAGACGGCGAAGGCCCUUUCUGUUGGAUGGAAUUUACAGCUCCUGUAAAAAGCGCUGGAUCAAACAAGCUCUGGAAGAGGGGAUGACUCAGACCUCACCAGCUCCACAAGAGAACAGAACCCAAUGUCUAUACCAAAGUAACGAGAGCAGCAGUUCUUCGAGCAUCUGCAAAGAUGACACAGACUUGCUGAGUCCCCUGAAGAAAUGGAAGUCUCGCUACUUGAUGGAGCAGAAUGUGAAGAAGUUGCUGAGGCCGCUGUCUCCCGUCACCCCUCCACCUCCCAUCCCUCCAGUUCCUGGCUCAGCGAGCCCACAGCUGGCUACACCGAGCUCAUCACUGCCGGGAGAGGAGGAGAGUCGCAAUGGUUAUGGCAUCAUGUUCUCACCGAUUCCUUCUCUGGCUGCUAGUCGCUGCAAUACUCCACUACAGUUCGAGAACGUCUCCUCCCCUGAGAAUUCCCCUGCGCACAGGCCUGAGUCCAUGUCACCCGAGCUCUGCGUCCGAUCCGACUUGGAUUUGAAGGGUGGGUACGUGGAUUCCAGUGCAAACACUUGCCCAGAACGGCCAUUGCUGCUCAACUUUGGAUCCUCUGAUCUGGCUCCACAACCCUCCAUAAACUCUACUUCAGAGAUGAACUUCCCAGGGAAAAGUGGGGAAGCACAGAUGCUGCUACGAAGCUCUGAUCAGGCUUUUCGGACAGAGUUUAAUUUAAUGUAUGCCUUCUCCCCAUUGAACGCUAUGCCACGUGUGGAUGGGUUGUUGCAGGGAUCUCCUCCUUUGGGGGAGAGGAAGCCAGUGAAUUCGGAAGCAGGAUGCUGCAGCUCUCCUGCUGAAGGGUAUUUCAGCAGACACGAGUCAGGGCUGCUUAAAGAGACAGUGCAUGGAUCCAUGUCACCGUGCGGCGAGAGGGCUUGUGAAGGUGUCAGAUCGGCUCCUCAGAAUCCUCCACAAAGGAAGAAGGUAUCUCUAUUAGAGUACCGCAAGCGGAAACAAGAAGCCAAGGAGGGAAGUGAUUCCAUGCGAUGUACAGGGACUCCCACGCGACAGGGCAGCAACAGCUCUGUGACUGACACAGAUGGCAACAGCUCCGCAGUACGAACCCCAUCCUCCCCACACAGUGGCUUCUCCCCUUCUCAUCCCUCCCUGCCUCACGUAGAGGACAUCAGCCCACCAGACUCAAGGGGGGCUAGUUCCUCAUCGUCACUCAGCAAAUCCCAGGAGAACAUCAGCAGUAGGUGUUGCCAAGAUACAGCCAUCACAAUGUAAACAGAUGUGCUGCUGCCCAGUAAACCCAGCCUUGCAGAACACUGUCUCCAGCAAAACAAUAGCAGCAAGGAAGAUGUGAAUUCACCCCCUCACCCUAUUCACCACCAUGAGGUGUGAACUCUGGUGUCUUCUCCCUUCUGCUUCAGUGAGGGGUGAAUUUUAAUGUCUGGGCUAUUUAUUUAAAGAAGUAAAGCUGAUGGAAAGCACAGUUUUCAGUAUACCUUUAAAAAGAAAAUAAUUAAAUACAGAAAUCUGUGAAGAUGGUGUUAAGCUGCAUGCAGUGCAUUUAAUAAUGCAUACUUAAAUAUAGGCAUUCUUAAGGCACAUGUUCUUCAGUGUUUAGGGUAAAGGCAUUGUGAAUCCCUGGUCAAGGUAACUAUCUCAUGGGUUAAAAGACAUACUUGUAAAGAGAUUUGGAUGGUCCUGUGCAUGGUAGAUUGAAUGUUGACCUGGGGGUCUGGGGUUUGGCUGUGGCUUUUCUUCUUCUACACAUUGGCUUUAAGAAAGCUGCUUCACCUCUUUUUCACCCUGAGAGCAGACACUGGUGAUACAGGAUGGGACAAAAUCUGGCACCAAUCUUGAGUGGAGAGUUUUCACAUUACCAAAUAAAUGGGACAAAGUAGUAUGAAGGACAAAAUGGCCAAAGUAGGUGUGACUGUACUGUCUUGACACUGUAAAGGUAUUGGGUUUGCUUCUUUUUAGGGUGAAUACAAGUAGUCUGUGUGAAAUAACUGCAACUAAUCUUAAAAUAAUGCCAGGAUUUCCAAAAUGCUGUUGAAUCUCCCACAUUUUUUCUGGGAUAAGAUGGCCUGUAAUCUGCUGAUCCACUGAACUGGGUGUUUUAUGGUUUUGAUAAGAAUAAAGACUUUGUUUUUCUGAGGGCAGCGCUAUCAUGGGAGCCAGGGACUGGCAGUGGAAAAUCCCACAGGAGGUUAUUUACAUUGCAAAAGCAGUUCAGAAGUUUAUUCCUCAUCUGUCUAUGGAGCUGGUGGUCUCUGAUUCCGUCCCUUUUAUGGUAGGGGUUUGUACUUGCGCUAACACUUACCAAUGGAUUUAAGCAAAGCCAAACGUGUCUUGCAGCUAUCCCAAGGACCCCCCAGCCCCUGUGCGUGUUGGUCACAUCACUCUUAGCUGUGUCACGGCAGUCCUCAGCUGUUACCGGGGUUUUGUUGCAGGAUGGUCCCAACGUCGGUGGAGAGGCUUCGAGAGGGCCGGGGGAUGCUUGAGAAGGUGCUGAGAAGUGGUGCAAAGGUAUCCCAGAGAAACGAAUCCUCACCUACCCGUGACAGUGCCGUCGAGAGAGAUGC